UUCCGAUAGUCCGCGAAGCUUCGAGAAUUUGUUUUUGCGUUCGCUGUUGUUGUUGUUCAGCUUGCUUCGAUGCUAAAAGGCGAAAAAAAGAAAGAAAUCCACUGGCAUGGAAUAACAAUUAACUGAAUAAAAUAAUUGCAUUAUCGUCGCUGCGGAAAAAUAGUUAAAUGUGCCAGUAAUUGUCAACGCAACUGAGAAUAUAUGCGCUGUUGGUUUUAAUUGCGGUUUUCUCAUCGUCGACAGCUUGUGACGUCAUCUAUCUUCUUGGCCAGGGCUCGGCCACGCCCCCUGCUUUCGCCCCGCAUUCAGAGCACCAUGAACCAAUGUCGCCAAACCACAAAAACAACCACGAUAGUAUCCACAGCAACAGAGACCAAAAAGCAUUUGUUUUUGCAAAAAAGAAGCAUGUCGGAGCGUCCAGAGGAUCCUCAGGAUCCGGUGAGUUUUCAGACUCAAGAUUCGCCAGUUUCCCGGGAAAUAUCCCAGGAGGAACGCCUGGCAAUCGAAGAAAGACAACGGAAGGCCUUCGCCUUCUUCACAGAAACCCUGCAAAUCUACGGCGUGGAGGAGCUAAUCUUCUGCUUCAACGGCGGCAAGGACUGCACCGUCCUCCUGGAUCUCCUUAUGCGUUACCUCCGCCAGGAGAACAUCUCCAGCGGUGACAUUCCCAUGUUGUACAUCAAAUCCGGCGAUUCCUUCACGGAAAUCGACGAUUUUGUGGAGCGCUGCGUUCGCAAUUAUCGCGUUGAGCUGGUGGAAUACGAGGGAUCUCUCAAGGAGGCACUUACCCACAUGGCGGCGGACAUGCCGCGCAUCAAAGCCGUCUUCGUGGGCAGCCGGAACACGGAUCCCUACUGCCAGCACUUGGCGCCCAUGCAGCCUACGGACAACGACUGGCCGCCGAUGAUGCGCCUGAACCCUUUGCUGGAAUGGAGCUACCACGACGUUUGGCACUACAUCCACAUGAACUCGGUGCCUUACUGCAGUCUGUACGAUCGGGGAUAUACCUCAGUCGGUAAUCGUUCAAAUACAAUUCCCAAUCCGCACCUCAGAAACCCCGAUUCCCAGUGCGACUGUGAUUCCGUUCCCGCCUGCUCCUGCGGUCCGAGUCGAUAUAGACCCGCCUGGGAGCUGGAGGAUCCCGCCCUGGAACGUGCUGGUCGCCUGCCCAGAAAGUAGGGCCAAUGGGCCUUGGAUCCCAAAAAAAAUCGCAGUGCCUGUUGCGUGGCUGUAGUGCAAUUAAAUAGCUUAAACUUUAAUUAGUCACACAUUAUAUAUAGGUAUAUUUGCUUGUGAUUUGGAUUUCGGUAUACAAACUUAAUCUAAUGUUUUUUACGAUCUAAGCUAGGCUGCUAAAUAAAUGUGGGCUCUGUCAUCGAGCCACUUAAGCAGG